AGACCUCCGGAGGAGAGCUGGGUGGGGUGGGGGGGCUUCCCCGGGCAGGGAGACCCCGCCGCCGCCGCCGCCGCCGCUCCUUCUCCCGUUACCAUCGCCUUUCUUUUCCUACCAGUGCCCCAAACUCCUAAACAGCGCGUGUUAAUUUCGACCAUAAGGACUAGAAACAUGCUCCUGUUGUUCAAAAGGGAAAUGGAAAAGCCCUUUCAGCCGGGGUGGGUGAGGGGAAUGAGAGUUCAUUGCAAUGUCAAUUCUGGAAGAUUGGGUUUUGUGAGUGUUUUGUAACUUGGUUCUACUAUUUGAGAGUAAAAUGUGCAACUUCUGGCUACAAAGAAGUGGCCUUCUUGAGAGCAGACCAAUAACUCCAGUGGGCAAGAGUUGCUGCUUCUCCACUAGCUCUGUUUCUUCUAAAUCCCACUGAAUUCAGCAAAGGCAUGCAUUGGAUCCAAGUUUGUAAGUUUCCAGCCUUCCGCUUUAGCCCUUUGCCUCUUUGUUCUGAGUGAAAUUGCUUUAAUGGUCUGCAUAGCCCAACCCGGCUUCUUCCUUUUUUAAAAAAAAAAAAAACAGAAAAGUUUCAGGCAAUAAAGGUCCACUAUGUCAGUCUUGAAGCCCGAUAACCUUUUCAGCUGAUCCUGCUUAUCUCCAGGCUAUGUAAUGCUUCACCUGCUGAUUUCUUUCUGCAGAAUGUGUUGCUUGUUAAAGGUAUAGGGACAAGACAGGUUGGCCUUUUUCUCAUCAGUUGCCAACCCUACCACCACACUAAAAAAAAAGACAGAGAGAGAAUGCUAAGAUUUGCUCUGUUAAACACCGUACACUUGAAGCGUAUUUCCCACUACUAUCACCAAAGAAUCCUGGGAGCUGUAGUUUGUGAAGGGUGCUGAGAAUGAUAGUUUGGGGGCAAACUACAGUUCCCAAAAAUUCUUGGGGGAUAUGCUUUAAAUUUGUGGCAUGUGUGUCCACAGCUUAGGGCUCAAUGCAGAUGCCAGGGUUCCCUGACCUUACAGCUGGACAUUCUUGUAUCUCAUGCUCUUGGUGGGAUGAGACUGAAAGUGCUACUUACUGGAGUAAGCCGCACUGAACAGAAACUGCAACUUAUUGUGAUUCUUGCACAUCAGUUGGGUGGUGGCCCUGGCUUCUCCCUGGCUGCUGGAAGAAAUAAUAUGUGGCAUCAUUGAGCAUGUUCACCAAACAGAGACACAAGAUUUACAGAGAGGAGCGCAACCUCACCUCGGACUCAAUAAUGCAGCUCAGGCAGGAGGCAAGCUGGCUCCAAUUCCACCUGGGAAUCAAUCGCUAUGCCUUGUACCCACGGUCUAGCCCUCCGAUUGACCAGCUCCUCCGGGACACGCAAAACUUUGGAACCAUCAGCGCUGAUUACAGCCAGGACGAGAAAGCAUUGCUGGGUGCCUGUGACUGCACACAAAUUGUCAAGCCCAGUGGUGUGCACUUGAAACUUGUUCUCCGGUUCCAGGACUUUGGCAAAGCUAUGUUCAAACCCAUGAGACAGAAACGAGAUGAGGAGACUCCAGAAGACUUUUUCUAUUUUGUUGACUUUCAAAGGCACAAUGCAGAAAUAGCUGCCUUCCACCUCGACAGAAUCCUGGAUUUCCGCCGCGUCCCUCCGGUGGUUGGGAGAAUGAUUAACGUUACAAAGGAAAUCUUAGAGGUCACUAAAAAUGAAAUCCUGCAAAGUGUAUUUUUUGUUUCACCAGCCAGCAAUGUCUGUUUCUUUGCCAAAUGCCCUUAUAUGUGCAAGACAGAAUAUGCCGUGUGUGGGAAUCCUCACCUGCUGGAAGGAUCUCUCUCUGUUUUCCUACCAUCCCUCAACUUGGCACCAAGAAUCUCCAUCCCAAACCCAUGGAUACGAUCCUACACCUUUGCUGGAAAAGAGGAGUGGGAAGUGAACCCACUCUACUGCAACACAGUGAAGGAGAUUUAUCCUUACAGCAGUGGCAGCCGGCUACUCAAUAUCAUCGACAUGGCAAUAUUUGACUUCUUAAUAGGCAACAUGGACCGUCAUCAUUACGAGAUGUUCACAAAGUUUGGAGAUGAUGGCUUUUUGCUCCAUUUGGACAACGCAAGAGGUUUUGGGAAGCAUUCCCAUGAUGAGAUCUCCAUCCUGGCUCCGCUCGAACAGUGUUGCAUAAUAAAGAAGACUACGUUAUUACGCCUACAGCUCUUGGCGCAACCAGCCUACAAACUCAGUGACAUCAUGCGGGAAUCCUUGCUUGAGGACCGCCUAGCACCUGUACUUACAGAACCCCACCUUUUGGCACUGGACAGGAGGCUACAGAUCAUCCUGAAGGCGGUGGAGGAAUGCAUAGAGGCUAAUGGAGAAUACAAUGUUGUGGUUGAUGCUGAGCCCCUGGAGACAGAUGCCUUUGACAGAAUGACACAGCCAAGCUAGAGACCUUGGGGAUAAACCAGAACUUGAAUUUUUUAAUUGGUGACUGUUUGUCCCUACCCCUGGACAACUGUGAUUGACAAGAGGGAUGGUCUUUGUCACACCGAACUCUAAACAUGCUGCUGGGCAGGUGAUAAAGACUGCACCACGGUCUGAGUCUCCUUUGCAUAUGCAUAACCAGAAAUCUUAUCGCAUUAUCACCACCAGUGACCUUUGUGCAUCUUCUCCAGGAGACCUGAAUAAAUGGGGCACUCUGUAGCUGCAAACCAGA